CUCACAAUCAGUUUUCAGCGUUGUCAGUUGUCACAGUACAUGCACGUUCCACGGUCGUGCCGAGCGGUGAUCUUUGCGCCGUCUGCAAUAAGACGCAGACAUCAUACCUAACUAUUUUCAAUAAUUUAAAAAUAAUUAAUAAUAUUUGAGUAAUAACAUAACAUAAUACACUAUCAUACUAUAAGCAUCCGAUGUCGGCGAUUGUGGCUGCCGGUGUGCACCGAUGACGACGUUGGCGAUAACAGAGCCGCAGUAAAAUACGUAUUGAUUCCAUAUCACAUUCUACGAGCAGCACUCGACGUCCUGAUCGUCUCGCCGUUCGUCGGGUGAGAUAAAGUCUCGUUUUCAAUAACUUGGCUGUUCUCGAACAGCGCCCGUUUCAGUAUCCGUCGUCGUCUCGUCCGCAGCGGUUCUAGACGAUACAGCGCCGAUGUAUUCGCAUCACAGAAGUAAAGACUCUCAAAGGUCGUCAAAGUUUACCGCUCACGCUGCGGUCCAAUUGCAAAGGCGGCACAAUAACUCGACGUCCAGCUGCUAUGACGGGGGUCAGCAGCUCGAAGAUCUGGGCCCCAAAGAAUCCGUACAACUCGAACGUCUCGUCCACGAAACAUUUCCCAGGUGCAACGUCGAUUUGAUACAUGUUGUCAAUGCCCCGCAGAUGUAUGGCAUGUACUUGCUGCGCAAGGAAGAAAUGCAGUAUGGUGACAGGGAACUUAUUCUAUAUCACGUGACCACCAAGUCCAGGGCUUUGGAGUCGUUGAAAAACGGACUUGACUGGCGGCGCACUAGACGCUCCAAGUUUGGGUGCGGUGUGUCGUUCAGCGACGACGCCGACUAUGCCAACUAUUAUGCCGACCAUUUCCCCAAAGAAGAAAAUCGGGUGAUCAUCGUCUGUGCCGUGCUGGUAAACAAGACGCAGCGGGUGUCCGGCAAUCAGAAUUUGAUCGUACCGGCGGGCGGUGCCGACACAACCCUGAGCUCCAACGGCCGCGUGUACGUCAAAUACAACGACUAUGACUUCUAUCCGCUGUACCUUAUGUACUACCGACGGACACCGGAACACUUGAACGAAAGCAAAUAUUUCCGUAACAACCCCCGCAAUAAAUGGCAGCAAAACAACCGGGUGUUGCAGCAGCAGCAACAGCAGCAGCAAGAGUUGAAAGCGCAGCGCGAGCGUGAGCAAGCACAGCGUCUGCAGCAAGAGCAAGAGCAGGCACAGCGUCAGCAAGCGCUGAGGAUGCAGCGACAGCGAGAGCAGGAAUGGCUUGAGGCGCGUCGUCGUGAAGCGGCUCAACAGGAACUCCGUCGUCAAGAGCUUGAGCUGCAGGCGCGCCGUCAUGAGCAGGCGUACUCUAGGCAAGCACAGGCACGGCAGCGCGAAAGCAAAAGCAAUUGUCUGAUUCUCUGAUGAUUGUAUUUUAACAUUUAUACUUUUUACGUGACACGAGUGGACAACUAUUUUCCGUUGAUUAUAUUCAUUAUUUUUUUUUAAUGUUUUCGCCAAAUCAUAUAAUUGUUUAUUAUUAUGCUUUUCAUUUUUCAUAUUAUUUUUCAUACAAGUAAUCAUAAUUAUACGACGUUUUAUUUCGUAAACGAUUCCACGUAUGUGAAGCCCCCCCUCCAUAUCGGGCAAAUCGAUCCGGAUCAAUUGUAAGUUAAACAUAUUCAUUUGUAAGUUGGUCCUCACUGAGAUAGUGCCCCCCCCUUAUCAUAUCGACCGAAUCGAUCCGGAUCGAUUGUAAGUUAAAGAUAUUCAUUUGUAAGUAUUUGUAAGUGAGUUUUCAGAGUUUGUAAGUUAAACCCCUACCCUCUGGCGAAUUUCCAAAAAUCCGCCCCAGCCCCCCAUGUUGGCCGAAUCGAUCCAAACAAAUUCUUACAAAUGAAUAUCUUUAACUUACAAUUGGUCCGGAUCGAUUUUCCCGAUAUGGGGGGGGGGGGGAACUUCACACACGUAACGAUUUCUACUAGUAACUAUUAAAGGUAUAUGCGGUGCUGUAACGUGUGAUUGGCAUUUUUAAAGAUAUUAAAAUAAACUCAAGCAUCAUUAUACCUACACGACAAUUUUGUAUUUUUUUUAUUCUUAAUAUAAUAUGGUCAAAAUAAUUUA